AUGACCGGGGUGCACAACCAUGUCAAUUUUCCAGAAGAACUCGCGAUCCGUCCUUUACUUCCACGUGAUGCUCACCCUACACACGAUUUUGGGGAUAAACAGCAACUUGCUUUUGGUGCCGAGGCACAACGAGAAGGGAUCGAGACUUACGGGAUCGCAGGUCGCGUUUGGGAAGCAGCAUAUCUAGUGAACAGCUACAUCGACCAUCCUUCUACUUGGGAGUUUGAUCCGCCCUUGAUCGAUCAGCAUCUAUCUGGGCACAAACGAGUUUUUCUCGAACUUGGUUCUGGCACGGGCAUUGUUGCGGCAAAAAUAGCUCAAGCGGCUGCUUUGUCCGGACGAGAUCUAGUCAUCGCAACUGAUCUGCCCGAAGUCUGCCCGCUUCUGGAGAAAAAUCUUUUCGUCAUGCCAAAGGGCGAUUCAGCAAACACACAGGUUACUUUAGUACGACCUCUUUCUUGGGGUAAUUAUGAUCAUGCCAUCAACAUCGUACGAGAACUUAAGCUCGUUGACGAUCCAAGUGGACAUGAGCAUGGCUGUAUCACGCACAUAAUCUGCAGUGACCUUGUAUAUUUUCCGGAGCUUCUAGCGCCUCUUCUACGCACCCUUCUCCAUCUGACCUCUCCUCCCUCUAUCUCCAUCUUCGAAUCACAGCCACGAGUCAUCAUAUCAUACAAAAUCCGGAGUCUUUCUAAAGAGACUCCAUUCUGGUUGGCAUUCGGCCUGUGGUUCUCGUUUGAACCUGUCAUUGUACGAAAGACUGAUGCAAACAACUUGCUCUCCGAGUGGCAACGAUUCGGAUCUGAUAUAGAGGGUGAUGGCGAUCUGGCAUUCAUCUUUGUGGCACGUAGACGUCCAGAAUCACUAAACUGGACGAUUCCGUCGGAGGAUAUUGAUCUACUUGGAGGCGUUGGCGCAAGGGGGACGUGUGACAAGAAGAGCGAUGAGACAUUUGAGACCUUGCUCCUCAUGGGCCUUGGAGUGUGA